AUGAAGUUCACUACCGUUGUUCUCACUGGCCUUCAGGUCAUUUCCACUGCCUACGGUGCCAUCGUUGAGAGGCAGAAUGGGUGCACCGCUUCUGCCCCAGGUUUUGCUUCUCUCAACGGCGGAACGACUGGCGGUGCAGGUGGCACUACCGUGACGGUUACGACUCAGGCCGACCUUGAAAAGUACGCCAGUGCCUCUGGCAAGUAUGUGAUUAAGGUCAGCGGACGUAUCACUAUCACGCCUUACGGCAAGGAGAUCAAGGUCGCCAGUGACAAGACGGUCAUUGGCGUCGGAACCUCUGGAGAGCUUUACCAAGGUGGUUUGGGUCUUAAUGGGGUCAAGAAUGUUAUCAUUCGCAACCUGAAGAUCGGCAACACCAACCUCGGCGACGGCGUCGAAAACGACCGUGAUGGCGUGCAGGCCGACACCGUGAGUAACAUCUGGAUCGAUCACUGCCAUUUCGAAAACGGUGGCGAUGGUCUCGUGGACCUUCGCAAGGACACCACUUACUUCACCGUUUCCAACAACAUUUUCCGCAACCAUGACAAGAACUUCGGCAUCGGCUGGACUGAGAACGUGUCGGCUCGCGGAACCAUCAACCACAACUGGUUUGACAAGACCAACCAGCGCAACCCAAGUGCCGACAACCUUGCCCAGGUUCACCUUUACAACAACUACCUGUACGGCAUCACCUCAUACGGCCACUACGCUCGAGGCAGCACCAAUGCCAAGGUUGAGAACGUCUUCUUCGAGAACACCAAGAACCCGCUCACUAAGGACUCUGGCGCCGUGCUUAAUGCGUCGGGUAACACCUACAAGAGCUGCACGGGUACCAUUGCUUCAAACUCUGGCACCGGUUUCACGCCAGGCUACUCUUACACUCUCACGCCAACUGCUGAUGUUCCUGCCUAUGUCAAGGCUAAUGCUGGCCCCAAGGCUGCUGUUUGCUCUUGA